CCUGUUCCUACCCCCCCCCCCCCCAGCUCUCUCUAUCACCUGAAGAGUCACCUUACACUCAAACACAGCGCAGACUCUCACCCUACAGCGGAGUGACUCAAAGCACAGACUCUCACAACUAUUGGAUCGAGGACGAUGGGGACACGACUCUGGCGCUGCUGGGGACUGUGGGGGCUGUUGGUGGCGAUGGUGGUGGCGCAGAGCCACGCGUUGCAGAUUGCUACCGCUGCGUUCAACGCCACGAGCGGUUCCAUCUCGUCCGCCGACUUCGUCUCCAACACCUCAGCCGUGAGCUUCACGUUCGCCAUCAGCACGAGGGCGCCGUACGUGCUCAAGGUCACGUUCGAGAGCAUCAACCUCAGCGAUGAAUCCCCGUGCUACAACGAGAGCCUCGAGGUGUUGGACGGAGAGCCGAGAAGCAGCGGCAGUGGCGGCGGCGAGACCCUGGCCGUGCUGUGUGGAACGGGGCGUGGCUCGGUGCCGCCCUACAGCCUCAAGUCGACGGGACAAAGCCUCACCCUGGUGCUCAACUCCACGGGGCCUCUGGAAGGCCGAGGCUUCAAGCUGAAGUACUUCUAUGACGCUGCGACGCGGUCUACAAAAUCCUGUGGGAAGGCGAUGUCCGGCUUCCCCAACCCGUGGCUCGUGGACCUCACCUACAACGGGGCGGCCGCGUGCAGUGCCACGGUGAUCAGCAGCCAGUGGCUCCUCACCUGCGCGCACUGCAUCAGCAACGCACCGAACGUGAGCCUGUGGCAAGCGCGGCUGAGAGACGGCUCCACCGUCUCCGUGAGCCGCUUAGUGACGCACGGACGCUUCAACGGCUCCUCGCUGGACUACGAUGCGGCUCUGGUGCAGCUGAGCGCCACCCUCAACUUCUCUGGCGGCAGCGUGCAGCCCGCCUGCCUGCCCGAGCAGCUCCACUCUAACAUCGCCCCGGGGAAGGCGUGCAGCCUUCUCUACAACGCAACAGGGGUUCAGAUCGCAUAUAACAUGGAGCAGAAGGUUUGCAACUCCAGCUCCGUCUAUGGUCGAGCGAUGACCACCAGGAUGAUCUGCACCCGGGAGGACGUGUGCUCCGGUCACGAUGGCACCCCCCUGAUGUGCAAAGACGUGGACGGACGAUGGUACCUGACGGGUCUCUCCAGCUGGGGCUCCUGUCCCACCCACCCCGACGUCUUCACUCGCGUCUGGAAGCUGCGUCGCUUCAUCAGCGAGACCGCAAUCUAGUCUCUCGCGAGAGCCCCGUGUGACCAAAUCACCGCAGAAACAAAGAACACCGAAAUUUCGAUUUAAAGCUGCUUUCGUGACUGCAGGGAUUCAUCUUCUCGGUUCUUUCGGUAAAGUCACGUAGAAUGGAAAUAAUAAAAUAAUAAAAUAAAACGUUAUAUUAUUAUAAAACAUAAUAUUAUUAUUUCCAUUCUACGUGACUUUACCGAAAGAACCAAGAAAAAGAACACCUAGGCCAGACUCACCAAGUGAGCAUUCUCUCACCAAGACCUCAUCUGAUCAAUGUAGCACCACCAUCCUAGACACAACAAUAAGCCGGUCAUUAAUUUGAACAAACUGGAUGCAACUGGGAAGAGCAUCUCAUGCAGAGUUGUUGAGUAAAUCUCAUGGGCAGAGCUGACAUCUUUGAGAAAAGCACACGGUUCGCAUAGAGACUCAACACUGCCCAUAGACCCGAUACCGCCCAUAGACUGGACAUUGUCCAUAGACUAACAAGUAAACCCGUAAAAACAAAGUUUUUCACUAUAAAUCCUUUAUAUGCGUGGCAUCGGGGCGGCUAGAGUCCUCUCGUCCUCUGGCCUGAGAUGGCUGCCACUUAUGGGUCAGAUGAUUGUCUGGCAGCAUUAAACAAUUGCUAAUUAAAUAUGUAAUUUUUUUCCCUAAUCAGUGUAAAAUUUUGGAAAUUAUUUUCACGAAAAACGACCGAAAGAUUUGCACGGUCGUAAGCAAGCAAGCAAGCACGCAAGCACGCAAGCAAGCGAACUUAAUAUAAAGGAUUUAACAAGAGCCAGUUUCUCAACGGGCUUUGCUCAGGAAACAAACUUCUGAUCCUGAUGAAAAUUCACAUCUCUCAUGCUGACGGGAUCACCCAAUAGGGAUCUUACUUCACAAACCUUCUGAUUGUGCAAUUUGGUGUUCUUACUCAGAGAUGGUUCACCAGGCAAAGUGAGGGUGAGAAUGUUGGGGUGUGACUAUCGCUAGCAAAUGAAGUGUCACCAGGCAGGAUCUGGUCAUACACUACUGUGCUCUAUUAUUAUUGUGUAAUCGAUUCACGCUUUGCAAAUAUACUGGUUGUGUAUCAUGAUUGUUCAUAAUAUAGUUUUUUUGGGUUAGACCGUGUAGCUAAAUAAAUGUCUUCUUGGUUCUUUCGGUAAAGUCACGUAGAAGGGAAGUAAUAAAAUAAUUAAAAAAAAACAUAAUAAAAUUUUUUAUUAUGUUUAUAUUUUAUUAUUUUUAUUUUUAUUAUAUUAUUACUUCCCUUCUACGUGACUUUAUUUUUAUUAUUUUAUUACUUCCCUUCUACGUGACUUUACCGAAAGAACCAAGAAGAUGAAUCCUUGCAGUCACGAAAGCUUUAAAUCGAAAUUUAAAUAGAUGUCGUUAAACCCGCCACCACUUAGCCAAUUAGUAAGGUUUGUCACGUAAGAACAACAUGCCAAUUCAUUACUAGUGCAGCACAGUGUUGGAAAGCCACAACAUUUAGAAUCUGAGUACAACGUUUUGCCAGUAAUUACAACUAGCUUCAUCAGGCGACAGCCAGAUUUGUGUGGAUUUCACCUGUUUCUUUCCUUAAAUAGAGACGUGGUUUGGACUACAACACUUGUGCGCUCUUCAUGAUCAAACGUGGGGAGGGGUUAAUGAAUCAACGUGCAUUAUGCAUGCGCAUUAAGCGAGCACAUUGUUCUUGUACUUCCUGUCGAUUGUGUGUUCUAAAUAGCCUACCAACGGUGAUCCCUAUUGAACUAGGGUGGCCUGUAUAGGCAUGCAUUUAAACAAUGUAUUAUUUUAUGAUUCGCUUCCAAGCAGUACUAAGUCAGUAAUGGUGUUGUGUAUCUUUGGGGGUUAAUUCGAGUGUUGUAUCUUCACUUUCUUGCGUUAACGUGGUGGUACUUAACGAUAAUAAAAGCUUUUAUCGCCCCUU